AUGGAAGUUAUUUCUCGAUGCUGGAAUGAACAAGUUGCUUGUGAUCCAUAUUUUGUUUUUCUACACAAAUUAAAGAAGCUGAAGAAUAUUCUAAAGGACUGGAACUGGAAGGUGUUUGGUGAUAUACAUGUUAAAAUAAAAGAAGUAGAAGAAGAAGUUCAUAAAGCAAUGGAGUUAUCUGAUAGCAAUCCAUCAAAUACUGAAGCUUUGGACAGACUAGUAAAUGCAGAAAAUACCUAUAAUUCUAAAGAAGUUCAACUCAAAACUAUGCUUAAACAAAAAGCUAGAAUAAAAUGGGUAAAAGAGGGGUAUGCCAACACAAGUUUCUUCCAUACAAAUCUGAAGGUUAGACAAUCUAGAAAUUUUAUUAGUGAACUGGAGGACAUUAAUGGUGAUAUAAUCUCAGACCAAAACAAAAUUGCAGAUACUUUGGUUCAACAUUUUGAGAAAAAAAUUCAGUAUAAAGCAGCAGAAGAAGUUGACUCUCUUCUUGAAGUUAUUCCAGAGGUAAUCAUAAAGGAGGAUCAACAAAUGCUUGAUGCAAUUCCAAGUGCAGAAGCAAUUUUUAGCAUGGAUCCUGAAAGCGCUCCAGGUCCAGAUGGUUUCUCUGGUUGUUUUUAUAGAGCAUGCUGGCAUAUAAUUUAUUAUUAUGUGGUUCAUGCUAUUCAGUUCUGUUGGAGAAGAAGAUUCAUCCCAAAAGGGCUCAACUCAAACUUUCUAGUUCUACUUCCUAAAAUUGAAGGUGCAAAAUCUCCUAACCAUUUUAGACCAAUUGGUCUUAGUAAUGUCAGCUUUAAGAUAAUUACCAAAAUUAUCAAUACAAGAAUGAUUUCACUGAUGACAAAGAUUAUAACUCCUCAGCAAGUGGCUUACAUUAAAGGCAAAAGUAUACAAGAGCAAAUCAUAUUAGCAUCUGAAAUAGUGAAUGAAAUGAGGAAAAAAAGAAGAGGAGUUAUGAUAAAUGGUGGACCACAUGGUUUCUUCUCUGUGGUAAGGGGACUGAGACAAGGAGAUCCAUUAUCUCCAACUCUUUUUGUUAUUAUGGAAGAUGUCUUAAGCAGAUGUAUUCACAAAAUGGUGUAA